AUGCGGGAGCCACGCACCUCACAAUGGAUCCUCCCACUCCCGCGCUACGAAGAGCGUGGCCCCCGCAGCACCGCUGACUGCAGCGGAGGAUAUUACUAUGGGCCCGCGCACAUGUCCGCUGAGGUCCCCGGUGAUGUUUGGGCCACGCUCCUCGUAGCAUCGGAGGUGGCGCCAGCCUCACCAGAGCCUGCGCUGGAGGUUUGCGCGGCCUUGUGGGAACGCUGGUGGCUCCUGCGUUCCCACAAGCCUGCGCAAACCAACAACCCCGAGCUCCUUGCAGUCAGCGGUGCUGCGGGGAGCAAAGCCCCUGUAUCACCGGAGACCACAGCAGUGGAGUGGCCGGAGAAGGACAACAUUACCAGUCCGCUAGGGAGCGCGCCAGUCCGAGUGCCAAAGGUGACCAAACUCUGGUUAGCCGUAGGUCUAAGGGCCAGGGAGACGACGGCCCACAACGCCAGUACCACUACGCUGCAUGCGGACGCCAGAGAGCGGGUAGCUGCGCUCAUCGGUGGGGCCUCUAUCGUCGGUGUCUUGGGGGAUGAAGGGGACACCGACCUGAUCGAGGAGACUGUUCUAGAAGUGCCAGGAACAAGUGGCAGCGCACUGCAGGCUGGACCAAACGAAGAGACAGGAGAUGUGCCCGCGGCACAGAAUCCCCGAGCCGCUGCUUCCCAACCCUGCACGUCCCCAGCUCUACGACGGGCCUCGUCUUCGGCCCUCACUGCUGUGCUGGAAAAUGAAGGCAUCGUGGGUGCUCCCUGGCCCCCGGGCGACCAUAUUAAGGACCCGCAGUCGGGCAUCACAAAUUAG